GCAGGCCCUUGCGAGGUGUGGCUUUGUGAGCACAAUCUCUCUUUCCGAGCUCUGAGGUUGUCCGGUGUCCGGGAAUUCUGUCCACGUAUCCUGUGGGAUCUACAGCCGCUGUCAGAGCCAUCACUGCAGCCCAGAGAGUCACCAUGGGCGAGUACAACGAGAAAAAGGAGACAUGUGGCACAAUAUGUCUGAAGUACCUCCUGUUCACUUUUAAUUUCUUUUUCUGGCUGGCAGGCCUUGCUGUAAUGGCUGUAGGAGUUUGGACACUGGUCCAGAAAAGUGAUUACAUCAGCCUACUCCCCUCCAGCACCUAUGCUGCUACUGCUUACAUCCUCGUCAUCGCAGGUGCUGUCGUCAUGGUGACUGGUAUCCUUGGAUGCUGCGCAACCUUUAAGGAACGGAAAAGCCUUCUUAAAGUAUACUUCAUCCUUUUGAUGUGUAUAUUCAUCUUGGAGAUCCUUGCAGGUGUCCUGGCCUAUAUAUACUAUCAGCAGCUAAAUGAUGAACUGAAGCAGAGCCUGAAGGACACCAUGACCAAGAAGUACAAGCAGCCAGGGGAGGACAGGGUGACCAAUGCUGUGGACAAACUGCAGCAGGAGUUUAAAUGCUGUGGCAGUAACAACUCCCAGGAUUGGAAGGACAGCGUUUGGAUACAGUCUCCUGAUGCUGAAAAUCGCCUGGUUCCGGACAGCUGCUGUAAGACUGUUACCCCUAAAUGUGGGGUCCGGGACCACCCCUCAAACAUCUACAAAGUUGAGGGUGGCUGCAUCACCAGACUGGAAGCCUUCAUCCGAUCUCACCUGCUUAUUAUUGGAACGGUGGGCAUAAGCAUCGGGUUUGUUCAGGUGUUUGGAAUGAUAUUUACCUGCUGCCUCUACAAGAGCCUAAAAUCUGAGCCCUACUAAACGAUCAGUGGACUCACACAGUGCACUCUGCUGACACCUCCUACUGGCUUAAUAUGUUGCUUGGUACCUAUAAAAAAAAUAAAAUGUCAGGACACAGUGCAGGACUAUGACAUCAGUUGCCUUCAUCAUGCUGCCAAGUUUGGGAGUAUAUAGAUCAUCGACGUAUCAUGACCUCCUCAUCAUAUUGUUACUUUGUGCCAAGCAUUAACAAGACUACAAACUGCAACCACUUUGCUCAAAGACCUCCUCUUAACCACCUCUUGCCUUGAUUGUAAUAGUAGUCCUUCAUUGUGCCUGAGAAGAACAGUCGUGUGGCGUCAUUGACCUUUCUGGCAGUUCUUUAUAGCUAAAGGCUUACCAAAAUCCUCAGUCUGCUGAUAUUCACUUUUCCAGGUUCCAUCUACCAACCCCAGCAACACUGACUGCAGACCACCAGCCAGCAUUGCUUUUACUUUAAAUGGCAAGUCAAAUGCACAGCUAUGCAGAUGGUCUUUUGUUGCCAUUUCAACUUAUUUUAUUACGAUGAGACUGCCCUGUGUUUUUGUUUCCCUGUUGUUUUUCUAACCAAGAUCAAAAAGUGUCAGCGUCUAUUGGGCAUUUUUUCAUUCAUGUUUUUGUUUGUUUUGUGGAGUUUUUAUCUUGUUUUUUUUUAGCUUCAGGUUUGUAUGCCUUAACCAGUGUGUCUUAGCAUCUCAUCUCAACGAAAAUACAGGACAACAGACUCAGAACUAUGUACACAGUAUUGAGAAUGGAGCCUAUGAAUUCUCUGGAGACUAGUGAAAUGCUGUGCUUGACUGUUGUCACUGGGGAAUUAAUAGGCUGCAUUGUCCUAGCAGUUGACUCUAUUAGUUCAAGCAUGGAAUGUACAAGGGGAGAAGGGACAGCAGGACAAACUGUAUGAAGGCAAUCUACAUGCAGUGUAUGGAAUCGGCAGACGGAUAGUCAGGAUGAUCGGGCAAGUUUUAUAAUCAAAUCAAACAAUCGUUUUUCAGGUUGUGAACGAUUAUUCAACACCAAUAGAUUUUUGAGGGCACACAAAUUUAAAUUAGAUAGUUAGAACUUUCUUCCAGCAACCAAUUUUAUCUGUAUA